AUGGAGUCCUUCGACGUUACCGGCCUUUACGUGUCGAAUGACUCCACAAUGCAAGCCAUAUUCGAACUCCUUACACAACACGAAGGAGAAAUAAACAUGUACGGCUUCAAGAGAGAGCAGUUGAUGGCACUCUUAAAAGAAUGCUUGAGCUGCUCAAACUUCAGAUGGUCCGGAAAGUACUACGCUCAAAUAAAAGGGUCGGCAAUGGUACAGCGACUGACACCAAGUCUUGCCAUCGCGUUUAUGUCUAAGGUGGAAGCACCGGUGAUUGAUCUUGGGCCGCUACUCUACUGUAGGUAUAUAGAUGACUGCUUUGUCCUUUGCUCAACAGAAGAGGAAAUGAACAAAUGCUUUGAGUUGCUGAAUAAUUAG